AUGGCACCUCCAGGCACUUCCGUGCUUGCAGCGACCUCGCAGCCACCAGCGGCGACGUCGAGGGCGAGACCUCAAGCGCGCAGAAAGGCGAAUCCACAGGAUGAUGCAGCGUACCAUGGUGCACUGCCUUCCUCUGCGGGGGCCAAGCGGUCCGCCACCGACAAGGCGGACGGCGAGCCGCGGGUCAAGAGGAAGAGACUGGAGCCCGCCGUUCCGAUCGCGAGUUCGGGAAACGCGUCUAUGGUGGCUAGGAAACCAAAUGACAGAGGUGUUGAUUUCUCAAAGAUGUCCAUCGAAGCAAUUCACAGAUAUCUUGUUGAGUACGACAUAGUACCCGAACUCAGUCCUCUGCCUACAACAGCACUUGACCCGCCUCCUCCCUCCUACCUCCUCCGGCCGCGUGGGCAGCGAGCGUCCACAGCAAGUCCAGCACCCGCGCCUCUUCCCCCCACCCCCGCAAACCGCCCUCGGCGCGAGCCCAGUGCCAGCGCUAAUAGGCGCAGGAGUUCGAGAUUACUGGACGAAGAUGAACUGCCGAACGGGAUUCCAAUCCUUGCGGACGUGGGUGAGGUCCAUAAGGCCUUAGCCCAAAUAGCGCAGAAGCAUUUCCAGGAAUAUCAUGUCAAGGAGGUGGAAACGUUGGCAUCCUUCAUGUGCGUUGUGAAAGCCAAAGGUGAGCGUCAACCUUGGCAGAUGGGAACUCCGGCCUUCUGGUUGGCGAAUAGAUGGUUGCCAACCAACGCCCCUCUUCGCGUGCUCUUCGUUCCUUUUCUUUCGGCGUCAAAUCUAGUUUCUAUGUGCUUUGUGUUCCGCCAUGCCCGAACAUUCCUUUACGACUUCUCAUUGUAA